AUGAUGCUGAAGGAUGAUGACAAGGGGAAAGCAUCAAAAAAGAAACACACAAGUGAAGGGAUGCGAGGGAUGGCUUUACUAGCAGCAAGGACGCCACCAUUAUUGCUGCUCUUCGGUGGAGUGUACCUCGCAAACAGUGAGGAGAGCCCAGCUGAAGGAGAAAGUUUGUAUUCAUCUCGACUCUUCAGCCGUCUCCGUGCCUCCCCCGUCCCUGUAAUGCUCAGGAGGCCAAAACCACUCUCUCGUCUCGCUCUUCAUCUCCUCCGAUCCACCCUUCGCUUCUCCUGCAUCCCCACAUCACUCCAAGCCCUAGCCAUCCCUUCCCCCGCCAACCGCCCCGCCCCCCUUCCUGUUGCCGUUCCCCGGAUCGGCCCCGACUCCUUACCCCUCGUCUCGACCCCCGACGCGGAAUCCAUCUGCUCCUUGCUGUCGGAUCCGCCCUCUGACCGCCCCCGUGUCGUCGAUGGCCUCCUUGUUCGGUUCGAACACAAGCUCACCUCCGACCUCGUGCUGGAAGUUCUCAAGUGCCACCGCCGGCUGGGGAGAUCCGCCACCCUCGGAUUCUUCUCCUGGGCAGGGUUCCGGCUGGGGUUCCGGUUUGAUGACCCCGUGGUGGAGUACAUGGCCGACUUCCUCGGCCGGAGGAAGCUAUUUGAUGACCUCAAGUGGUUGCUGAGGACGGUCGCGCGCAGCAAUGGUCGCGUGUCGACUCGGUCCGUGGCCAUUUGCAUCCGGUUCCUCGGAAGGCAGGGGAGGGUCGGGGAGGCGCUUUCCCUGUUUGAGGUGAUGGAAUUGGAGCUCAAUUGCCCUCCGGACAACCUGGUGAUCAACAAUGUGCUAUAUGUGCUUUGCAAAAAGGAUCUUUCCGGUGGCUUGAUCGAUGUGGCUGUUAGAAUCUUUCAUAAGAUUGUGCAGCCGGACAUGUACUCGUACAGUAAUAUUAUUAUCGGACUUUGUAGGUUUGGACGAUUGGAGAAUGCAUUUGAAGUGUUCCGGGAGAUGACCCGGGCUACUUUGGUUCCAACAAGGACAGCAUUGAAUAUUCUUAUCAGAGAGUUUUGUGAGUUUGGUGGCAAGGACGAGACGGUAGGGAGAGUUAGCAUUAGGAAACACAGCAGGCCAUUUGAUAUUUUGGUUCCCAAUCUCAUGGCUGAUGGAGUCUUACGACCUGCAGUUGAGGUCUUCCACAUGAUUGCAAGGUUGGGUUUGUUGCCAAGCACUUAUAUUGUGGAUGCACUUGUUUUGAGGCUUUGUCAAGCAGGAAAGAUUGAGGAAGCAAUGGGGAUUCUGGGAGUGGUGGAGGGUAGGAAGCCUAAUUGUGUUGCUGAGAGUUAUACUGUCAUAAUAAAGGCACUGUGCGAGGCUUGUAGAAUGGAUGAAGCUUGUAGGGUGUUAGGAAGAAUGAUGAACCUAGGGCUAAAGCCAAAGCUCGUUGUUUAUAAUUCAAUCAUUCGGGCCUUUUGUAUGUUAGGAAAUGUUGUUGAAGCACAAAAAUAUUUUGAUAUUAUGAACAAGAGGAGGUGUGAGCCAGAUUGUGCAACAUACACUAUGUUAGUCCAUGCAAACUGCAUGAUUCAGAAUUGGCUGAUAGCAUACAAAUUGUUGAUGGAGAUGAUAGGAUUGGGUAUGCGCCCUCAUUUCAACACUUAUAACUUAGUUGAUGGUUUUCUAAAGAAAAAUGGAGAGCUUGAUAUGUCAAAGAAGUUGAAAAGAAAAAUGGAGGUCCAGGACCUAUAUGCUCAUUGCAAAGCUGGUAGGUUGGAGGCUGCUUAUGACAAAUUAAGCUCGAUGCUAGCUAUGGGGUUUCAUCCUCCAAUUUACGCAAGAGAUGCAUUUGAAUGUGCAUUUCAAAGGUCUGCCAAGUGGGAGAUGGCACAGGAGUUGUUAAAAAAAAUGGAAGUGGAUCAUUCUCCUGUAUAAAGCUCAAGCUAGAAUACAAGUGUAUGUCCUUGAUAAACAAGUACUAACAUUUCUUAAUGUAACUUCCUUCAUAAAUUCACUCUAAUUUCACUGAAAGUUUUUUUCUUUGGAGAAUAUGCAAAUGCAGUUAUCUAUAACCAACACACAUAUAGGUUGCAAUUUAGAAUUUAGAAAAACUAGUCCAAUAGUGUCUCGGUUUCGUUCGAUCAUGUUGCCCCAUUUGGUAUGUGCAAAAGCAUAGAGGCACAUCAUCAAAUCUGCAGAAUAUUACCUUACAAAUACCAGGCUAUACCUUAAUUCCUGGUUCACAGGGGUUAUUUGCUUCAACUCUUGCAUGACUUUUGGGUUAAACUUGAUUUUUUGUUGAUGGUAUUGCAAGUUUUUUUGUGGCUCUUCAUUUUUGCUUCGUUUUGGUAAUUCCUUAUCAAAAAUGCUUGACGUUCUUUUAUGAUAGCUAUAAUAGAGAUGUUGAGCUUCAUGUGUGCUUGCAUUCUGCAGUUAAUUGGAGUCCUUGUUGGUUUACAAUGUGAAGAUGAAUGCUUGAGGCAAAUGCCAUGUUGUAGUUGCAACACAAAGUGUCAUCCUCUAGAUUUACAUGGAACUAUAGGAAAAUUUGCUGUUCUUUUCAUCCAUAUAAUUUUCUGGUAUACUGCUUGUACAGAUAAAUUGGAUAAUUUAGUUCAUCACAUAAUUAUUAUGGUUGUUACUGUAGAAGUCCAUGCUUAGUAUUUAUAAUGUUAAUGCUUUUGACCUUUUGUUUUGAUUUAAUUUUCAACAGGACAAUUUUUAUCAAAGUUACUUUGAUUUUCUAAUUUAGUGAAAAAAUCUGAUAUUAAUGUAUUUGUCUUUGUAUUUCAGAAAUGGUAACAACACUAAGGAUAGAAAAAGAUCUCUUACCCUUUCUUGCCAGAGAGUGGACCCGUAAAAGAUGGUUAUGUCGACAUUGGCAUUUAGCAAUUGGGGUGAAUAUAUGAUUACCCACUUUAGAAAUGAUUUAGAAACUUACUGAAAGAAAAGAAUUAAGAAAGCAAAGAAGUCCACCUUUUUUUUCUUGACCAGAAUCAUUUUCUUAGGUUUUUUUUCUGAUUUCUUUUGCCUACUACUUAUGAAUCAGAGAUCAGGUGUAUUUAUACUCUACAUAUUCAUACAAUUUUGUUGUAUUAAAUUUUACGGACAGUAAGGAUUUGCAGAGCUUGCUGAUGAUAUUUAAUGAAUUCGUUAGGUGAUUGGCAGCAUUCCUUCCCAAUCUUCUUGACUGCUUGUCUCCCAUAUUGUCACUAUUAACUGUUGCCAUUACUGGUCCUACAAACAACAAAGGAUCUUCUCACUGCCAGUAACAGAUAAAUCACACCAAACUCUUGUACAAAGAAUUGCUUGUUUGACAUCUGCCCAUCUCAGUACUGAUCCUUUGGUCAUAUUGAAAUUUACCACCACCCACCACCUCCAUGCAUCAACAAAGAAUUUAUCCUCUUUAAAGAUUGGAACAUUCCAUCAAUCACAUGCAAGCCAUUGCUCACUGCAUUCACUCUGUAUUGGUUCCAACCUCACCUGGAGGUUAUGAUCUCCUUAAUACCUAUCCAAAGGCAACCAAUGCUGGCAACACUCAUGGGUCUUAGACUCCUAUGUAUUGAUAGUGGUUGACUACAAGGUAUGUAAUACCAUACUGUACCGGUGUUUCGAGGUUGGUUCGGUACGGUACGGUACCGUGUACCGAGCAGGCGUACCGAGCGGUACACCUAAUUUAGGUGUAAAACCCUCCGAAAAUACCUGAAAAAAAAAAAAUUAGGAUAGGGUUUUUAAGUUAGAAAUAAAUAUAGUAACAACAUAAGUUUAGCAAAAUCAAUGUAAAUUAUGUAAGAAUAGUAUCACAUAUUUUUUUCGGGCUUUGAAGAAUAUCUUGUGCAAGGUUUGUAUUUCAGUCUAUUACGGAUUGUCCUUAUGUAAAUAUUGAAAUAUCUAUAGAAAAAUCAUUUGAAUUGUUAGACUAUUUUGUUACACACUAAUUAUAAUAUUAAAGAUCUUAAUUACUCUCUAAUUAAAGAAAGAGAAUACAUAGCUCUUGAUUAGAAAGUUCUUCCUCUUAAUCUUUCCAAAUUUGCCUUAAUUGAAUUCACAAAUCGUUGUUUUGUAGAGUUUAUGAGAGCACAAAUGUGAGAAAAAAAGAGUUUAAGAUAGUUUAAGAAAGUAUAAGAAUGUAAUGGAGUGAAAUAGGGGAGAAGAAGGGUUUAAAUACUAUGAGAAAGGGUUCCAACGGUCAAUUUGAUCGUUGGAGCACUGUAGCACUAUUACAGUGCGGUAACGGUCGAAAUUCAAUUUUGACCGUUACCGCCCGAUAUUACCCCGUAUCGUCCGAUACGGGGCGUCUUUAAACGUUCCGCCCGGUAGCGGGCAGUCCGCGUAUCGGUAUGCCGUCGGACCGGUACAUAUCGCCCGUAUCGGGCGGUACCAUUCAAAAUUGCAUACCUUGGUUAACUACACCAUCGAACAUUGACAUGUCUCACUGUAAUGCGAUCUUCUAUUUGCAAAUUAGUAGAAGCAUGACUGUGUUUUAUUUCAAUAUUCAGAAGGUCAGUUUAAUCAGCUAACUGGUGCAACAGGAUUUCUACGUACAACAUAUAGAAACUGAUCAAAUCAUUAAAAAAAUAAGUUAUGUUUGCUACUCGAGUCUAUGAUGAUGCUAUGAUUUGGGGAGAAUUGAAUUAUUUAGAUUGGGUCUGAGCGUCAAGCCAUCACUCUUCAAAAGAAUGGCCGUGUCAAAUAAAUAACUUAAUUUACGAGAUUCUGUUUUCUUAGUUAUGGCUGCUGUAUCACCUAAUAUGCUAAGAGUGACAACUAUAGCUAUUUCAAGGGGAGCCACAUAUGUACCCAAAGCAGGCUUGAUUUGGAGUAAUACCACUGUUUGUGUGGUUUAUGGUGGGGUGCUCGACAUAGGAGAUGACGAUGUUGGACCAUAUGUUGAGAAAAAACAACUCCCCAAUGUUUUGUCAUGGAAAGUGCCCAACGAAUUUUUCAUUAUUAGAAAAACUGAGAUUUUCUGUAAGUAGUCUUCUAGUGAUAUGCUAACUAGAAUUUCCUUUAUAAUUGUUCAGGAUAGUAAGUAAAUUAGUUGAUGUUUUAUCUUCAUUGUACAAAUCAUGGUUUGGUGAUUUUCUAAUGUAUCAUAUAUGAACAUCAGCCUGGGAGGUUAAUUAACCUGGGAUGAUUCUGAAUUCUGUUGUUGCAGCUGUAUUUAUUUAUUGCUUCAUCUGAUGAUCAGAUAGACUGGCAAUUUAUAUCCUAAUCACUGAGCUAGAUGGACUUGUAGUUUUUCUUGUUUUAAUCAUCUAAAAGGAAAGACUUAGUAUAAAGCUACUCUUUUUGAUAAGUUAGGACAGAUCCAGUCAGUUAUUGCUGAUUCAUGUUCUUUUGUUAUUUCAAUUGAGAUCAGCCUAGAUAAACAUUCAAGAACCUGCUGUGUGAUUGUCGUGAAUCCUAAUGUUUUUAGUCAUUUACUCAUCAUCUACCUGUGGUCGAUCAAAUUUGCAACGCGUCAUUUAUACCCAAUAAUUUGUUGAGCUAAACUACAGACAGAAGGAUGCUCAAAUGAAGAGUUCUUAAGGAAUCCAAAGCUUGAAACUACACCAAACAUGACAUUAUGUUUCCAUGUUCUAGAAAACUUUCUUUGUGUAAUGCUUAUUCACAAUUUCUGAUAAUAAAAAGUGUUUGCUAGAUUAGUUCUUACACAUUUGUGAGCUAAGUUUUUACUGUUAAUCACUUGUAAGAGGCAUUUAGGUUCUUCAAAUUAUCAUAUUUUUUUUGGAACAACAGAAGGACAUGUUAGACUUUGUAAAGUUGAGAACAUUACAGAAUUAACUUAUUCUAUGACCCUAGUAUGUUCUUGUGUUCUAUAAACAUCUCUAAAGAAAAUAGAAGGCAGUUUUCUAUCAUACAUUUAAUCCUUUUGCAACUUAUCUUCCAAGCGUUAUCUGAAAACUAUCUGAAAAAGCAUAGGGAACUAUGAGUGCAGUAGAUAUUUAUUUUAUGAAACCUUACUGGGAGACAAAACAACCAAGAAACAAAACCUUAAUGUUGGUUGAUUCCUUUUUUAAUCUCGAGAAACUUGAUCAUUGUGUCUUUUUAUUAUCAACAACAGAGCUUUAAUGACUGUUAAAGACAUGUAAACAACAUGCAGACCAGAAAACAUGAAAAAGACAUUUAGCAUCAUCUCCGUUCCUCCUCACAUAGACCACAUCAUGCACACCCAAUUUGUUCUUUAGCUGUUAAUCCUGUAUGAUUACAUCAAGUUAGUAAAUGCUUCAGAAUCCAAUUAUCAGAUUAAGAUUGCUUGAGCAAAGCAAAACAAUGUAAUCAAAUGGAAGAUUGUCGUACUCUCGUUCUGAUGUGCAUGUCGGCUUCCUUGGUGGAAGCUGGUGAUGAGGUGUUGGCUGCAGCAAUUGGCCAUCAAAUUGAAACCAUAUUAAGAAAGAUCAUAGUCCAACAACAAUAAUAAGAACUUGUGAUGUUCCAACCAUGUGUAGUUGGUUAUAUGGAUCUGUUCUCAUCACCGAGUAUGUCUCAAGUUCAAUCAAUAGUGUUUACAUAUAUUUUUGUUGUUUUAGGUAAAGAUAGCAUCAAGUAUUUUGACUGAUUUUGAGUGAAAUUUGUUGUCCAUAGCUUGGGCAAAAAACUUUUAAGAUGGUUUUAAUUGUAUGCUUGUUUCAGAAAACAAGUGCUUUAUGAGGCUUUUUUGCUUGUGAUACUGCAGCUAUCUAAAUCACCUACUGGAGAAUGCAUGCCAUGAUCUAUUGUCCAUAUGAUUGACGUUUGAUGAACUUGGUAGCAAUGCAUAUAAUCAACAUACCUUCAGCUUGGGUUUUAAAUUUUCAGUUGCAGUUUUUGUAUUUGAACUUGUUCCUCCUACCUGUAGAAUAAAGGAAAUGAUCAAAAACUGGGUUAGAAUCUAACAUUAGAAUAUCAGAUAUUUUUCUUUAAAUUAUGUCAUAUCAAACCUUCUUAGAGAAGCACAAUGGGCAUACCUUGCUGAGGACCCAGUCUGCAGAAUCAAAGUAGGCUCUUUCAUGGUCCUGUAACCAGCAAAAGAGAAUAAUGGACAUAAAUUUUCUGACCCAACAUGUUUAUGCGGAAAAGCCUCUUCAACAAAUAGAGGUUUGCUGAUUUUGAAGAUCAGUCUCUUCAGCAAACAAAUUUUCUGCUUCAAUGACAUCCAACCUCAUAAGCGAUGGCCUGAUAGCUGAUAAAGUUAUGUCAUUGCAGUUGCUUUGUUUGCAUCAGUGAGAAUUUUCGAGUUGUAUGGUUAUUAUAUUGCACCAUCAUGAAUGUGGGACAUUUCAACUGGAUAGGUAAGCUAGAAGGUAUGAAUAAAUGGUGAUAUACUGAUUAAAAUUCAUCAUGUGAUCACAAAGGAAGUUGAUAUUGGGUUUGAACUUUUAAUGGCCAGGUGUUGAAGAUUGCAGAACCCUGCAGUGGUGGAACCUUAGUGGCUAAUUGUGUUCAGAAGUUGGCUUGCUUACUUUACCAAGGACCCAUGUCCUUGCGUCUGUCCUCAGCUUAUACUCCAGAGACUUUGACAAAGGCACAGCUUUUGUACCCAAAAACGAAGAUGGCACAAUGAACAGGCAAAGGCCUCUUAUUCCAUGGUCUCAACAUGGCUGAGCCAUACAUGUCAAUCAGCAGGGUGUCUGACAUCUCAAAUAGUUGGUGUAUUGAGCGUACUUGGAAUUUUUAUUCUCUGUAGGUUGAGAAUUAGACUUGAAUGUGCGAGACUUUAUAAUCCAGUGUUAGCGCAACACCCAUGCUCUUCUGCAUUACCUUA